GUCAGGUGCGUGUCUGUGUGUGAGGUUUCAGCCUUCUCGAUAUCGCACAACUUUCCAGGUAGGAGGAAAGAGCGUGUGUUGCCUGAGUUGUGCGUACCUGACAGUUUCACAUUUAAACCUGUGCUGACAUCGAGAUCAAAAGUUUCAAGGUUUUCUGCGGACAACCGGCGAAAUGUUUUGGAUGACGGGCUGUGGAUUAUAAAACAACGCUGGGACCCCUUCAUGCGGGGAUGGCCACGCAAGAGAGCAACGCGACGGAGGAGGACGCGCGGGAUACCGAGUGUCCGGUGUGUUACGAGUGCUUCGCGGACACGGCGAGGACGCUGAGCUGCGGCCAUGUCUUCUGCCACGACUGUCUGGUGAAGACGCUGGUGAGCGUGAGCCGAGACGGCCAGAUCACGAGAGAGAACAUCAUCUGCCCUAUCUGCAGGCACUUAACGUUCAUCACCAAACAGAGCGCCCUGGUGGCCGCCGCUGUCAAAGACGUCGGGGGCGGGCAGACUUUGCAGGUCCCCCUGUCUCUCCCAGCCAGAACCGCGCCGUAUUCUUUUGACAACGGGGAGGGCGUGUCAGCGCAUCCCGCGCCGCCUGCCCACACCGGGCUCAGUCGGGUUGUACAGUACUUCAGAUGGAUUUCUACAAGACUGACCCGUCCGCAGUUUAAGAGCCGCAAUAACGCAUCGCAGAUAUUCAUCAUCACUACCCAGGGGCGGCCCAUGGCGGACGAUGACGAAAUUAGCGUGGUGACGACAACGGUCAGCGAGCAGAUGCCCAGGCGACGACAGCGAAGGAGAAUUUGCACGACCACGCGUUGCCUUCUUAUACUACUAUCAUCGUUUACUGUGUUAACUCUGAUUGUUGCGUCGCUGCCUUGGAUUCUAUUGUCUUAA